GAUGCUGCAGAACGGUGCCGUGCGCGCGCUGGCCGUGCUGGCGGCCGGCCUGGUGGUCGUGUCCGGGGCCGACGGACAGGAAGCCCGCCUCCGGGCGGACCGCUACUGCCUCUCCUGUCUGUGCACGGCUGCCACCGGCUGUGAUGUCAAGGCCGCCUGUCAGCAGAACGACCCGCUAGACAUUUGCGGCCCGUUCUACAUGUCGGAGCCCUACUGGGUGGACGCCAACGUCACUGCCCUAGAUGCCUACGCCGCUUAUGAGUUUAAAGAGUGCGCAACGGACACGGAGUGUGCGGGUGCAGCGGUGGCGUCCUACAUGCACAACUUCGCCCGGGACUGCGACGGGGACGGACAGGUGACCUGCAAGGACUUCGGCCUGAUGCACUACCUGGGCUACAGCUCGUGUGCAGACGAGGACUUAGUGCAGUCCGGCUUGAGCAGCCCCUUCUACAGCGCGCACGUCACCUGCUUGGAGAGAAUGGCCGGCCUGCUGGCGCGUGAAGACUUCACCACGGCGCCGGGGUACGCUCCGCUCGUGUGAAACCCUCACCCGGCAGAGACCAGGGCGGCGUAGCGCAGCGUGCGGCAGAGCAGAGCAGGACAGAUCACGACAGAGCGCAGAAGAGGAGAGCAGAGCAGAGGAUAACUGAGUCGAAUAGAGCACGCCAGAACGAAACCAUUCACAUCACAGUAGUUAGAGCAGAACGGCAGGGAGAUCUGUGCUGGCUAGUGUCAGAGUGGGGCGGAAAAAGAACAGAGCUGGGUUGAAAAGCAGGGCGGAGAAUGACAGAAUGGAGUAGAGCAAUUCAGAGUGGAGCAGACCAGUGGCGUGGGGCAAGCGGUGCCGAUGGGAGAUGAGUAGUGCAAUGUGUUCGGGUGUUUGAGGCGGAUGGGCGGGAGGCUCGUGGCGGCCGAGCGCGAGAUUCACGGCAUCCGAGGAGAAGGUCCAUGGUUCUCGAGGCCGCCUGCCAGUCGUGCAGCACGCCUGGCCAUUCCUCGCUGCCCAACGGGGCCGACCGUCGGACAAGGCCAGUGCAGGGGUGCGGAUGCAGCCCGGAGGCAGGUCCAGAGCCGGCCACCAGCCGCCGUCAGAGGCGCCAUGUGCGCCGCGCUCUGCCACCGUUCAGCGGUGCAGUUCGGGGUCGGCCGAGGUGAAGGAUGCACUAGCUGUCACACUCUGGUAGAGGCUUCAGAUCUGACGCAAGAUGCGUCCCCCGCGUCAGAUGAUAGGUUUGGAUGGCCGCUGCACCAUCUGGCCAGCGGCAUCAGUUCCGGUGGGCUUGAUCUCUGUUGCAUUGUCUUGAUCUCUGUCGCUCUCUCGGUUGCAAAUAAAUGAUGUCAUGAUCCCCUC